GCUUUGAGUCCGCCCCGCCGCCUGGCAUACUGGCGGAAGGGGAAGGGGGGCAGGCGCGGUGGGAAAGAUGGCGUACCAGAGCCUCCGGCUGGAGUACCUGCAGAUCCCGCCGGUCAGCCGCGCCUAUACUACCGCCUGCGUCCUCACCACCGCGGCCGUGCAGUUGGAAUUGAUCACACCUUUUCAGUUAUACUUCAAUCCUGAAUUAAUUUUUAAACAUUUUCAAAUCUGGAGGCUGAUCACCAAUUUCUUAUUUUUCGGUCCAGUUGGAUUCAAUUUUUUGUUUAACAUGAUUUUUCUAUAUCGUUAUUGUCGAAUGCUAGAAGAAGGCUCUUUCCGAGGUCGGACAGCAGACUUUGUAUUUAUGUUCCUUUUUGGUGGAUUUUUAAUGACUCUCUUUGGUUUGUUUGUGAGCUUAGUUUUUUUAGGCCAGGCCUUUACAAUAAUGUUGGUCUACGUGUGGAGCCGAAGGAACCCGUAUGUCCGCAUGAACUUCUUUGGUCUUCUAAACUUCCAGGCCCCCUUUCUGCCCUGGGUGCUCAUGGGGUUUUCCCUGUUGCUGGGGAACUCAAUUAUAGUGGACCUUUUGGGUAUUGCAGUUGGGCACAUAUAUUUUUUCUUGGAAGAUAUAUUUCCCAAUCAGCCUGGUGGAAUAAGAAUUCUGAAAACACCAUCUAUUUUGAGGACUAUUUUUGAUACGCCAGAUGAGGAUCCCAAUUACAACCCAUUACCUGAAGAGCGGCCGGGAGGCUUCGCCUGGGGUGAGGGCCAGCGCCUUGGAGGGUAAAGCAGCUGUGCCAUUUAUGAGACCCAUCUGAGAAAGACUCAGUGGCAUGUCCAUGGGGGUCUUUUAUCCCUUGUUGCAAAAGCGUGGACAGUUUCGACAGCUUGACAGAUUUUUAACUCCAGAAGCACUUUACGGGAUGGUACACUGACUAACACAGAAGACAUUUCCAGCAGUUUGCCAGGGGUUCCUCUCUAUGCUGGUACUAAAAGUAUAACCUCUUGGAGCCAAAAACUGGAGAAACAGACACCCUGCCUGUGCCAUGAACAAGUCCAUGGGUACUUGAGCUCAGUGGCACAGGGGGGGGUUCUCCUCUUCCUCCUCUUUGAUAGACAAGGCCGUGGUGUAAAUGGAAGUUACGGAGAGGACAAAAUAAAACUGAAUUCCAUCUCUCUCACACUGUA